AUGUCGGGUAAUUCUUGGCUUAAUAUGGGGCAACAAUGCCAACAGUGCCAUAUCAAUGUUUUACCACAUAAACAGCGUCCUCUGAAAAAACCCGACGGUCUUAACGUUUCUGACCCAUCAAAAGAGCAUCCCCAGGACCUCUGUCAAAAAUGCAAACAACUUGGCCAUUUUUGCGGGCUAAGAUUAAAAUGGUGAGGUGCCGGUUCAGUUGUUUUUUAGAGGGCCCUUACCCACCUUAUUUUACUUGGGCUAAACCUUUAUUUAAAUUAUGUAAACACCCAAAUUAUAAAAAUCAAAAUUCCCUUGUAUUAAAAAUUAUUUAA